ACUGCUCCUCCAUCGUUAAUUCCUAACAUGUCGUCCUCCAACCCUUCUAACGCGUCUACAACAGCAGAUACAGCUAUCAGCAACUUUCGUAAAGCUUUCAAAACAUACCUCACCACGGAAACGGAUGUUGUCUCUCUUAAGAAAUUCCAUCAGUUCACUCCCGAAAUUAUUUUACAGCACAGUAAUUUCAAAGAUGUCAAAGGCACGUGGAACCACUACUUCGUCGAAGCUGUGAAAGAACUCGGGGUAAAAGUAAGUCAACGUUGUCGUCUUUUUUUAAACUUUGCAGGUCGAGCCGCUUAUUGACCAAGUAACCAUAGAAUUGGAACAAGCAGCAACCGGACUGGAUAGCAAUUAUGCAAGAGCUUUUAAAGCGCUCUUGUGGAGGACAGCUGCAAUCGCCACCGUGUCCCUCUCCAUCUAAAAGUAGUACCAAAAAAUCGUCCUCCAAAUCAUCGCGUUCAAACGCAACUGACAAAACAACCGUACUGACAAAAGCACAGUGGGACUCGUUUGAGCAAAAGUACCAGGCCAUGGUUCCUGAGCGCAAGUGGCUCAUUGAUGGUAUUUACGUCGAAGAUGUGAUCUACAAAUUUGCCAAGACUCAGCUUUAUGAACACGCUGCGCACUCUUUCAUUUUGGACCUGGGAGAUCCCUGUUGGAAAACCGUUUUCACCACAUCUCAACUUCAAGCAAUUGAGCAACAAAAUGCUCUUCCAGUUCCAGCUCUACCUGAGCAUCUUAACGAUUUUUUUUCCCGGUUCAAGGAGUUGACUGACAUCAAUGAGAUCCACCACGUUGCCGACCAUGCUCACUUUGACGUAGUCAGUCAGUUUGACGCUGACUGGGCGAAACGAUGCAUUCUUGACACAGUAUCAGCGUAUCGUUGGAGUGUGAUGGCCCGACUGGCAUCAAGGGGCAAAGAACGGGAUAUGCUACGGCUGUGGCGAGCUAUCGACGAUUGCUUCGAUGAUUUGGGAGUGGAAGUCCAACGAAGCGACCAACAAUCUGCUGCAUCAUCAGCACGCCACAACGAAGAGAGUUGUGCGGCUGAUGGCUCGAUUAAACAGAAGGUUCACGGCGUUAAGCCUGACCUUAUAAUCGCAAGAAACAUGCUGGAAUUUGCUUCGGCUGAACAUGAUUAUUUGAAUGAAGCUGGAGUAGGAGCAAAAGAACUCGUGGAAAAGCUCGUCAAGCUGCCCAAAAAUAUGAAAGAUAUGAUGCUGAGCCUUGCUGCGGAGAUGGGAAAUGACGAGGCGGGAAUCCGCUCCCUGCGUAUAGUAGGAUUUUCCCAUACUCACCUACGCGUUAACACUUCGGUCAUGGAUGUUCCAGCUGGUUACACCUGCCGCAUAAAACACUUCGAAGAAAUCCGAAUACCUUGCGAGCUCAGAAAUUUUUAUAACACAUAUAUCAAAUUUUUAAAACAAGUUUAUCGUCUGAAGCACAUAAUCAAAGCAACAAUCGAAGCAGUGGAAAAUUCACCAGCUGGUACCGAUGAUGAGGAGGAAGGAUUUGUGUCCGUUUUGGCAAAAAAGCAGCGUAAGCUGAUCAUCCCUUCAGCACUGAAUUACAUCGAACCACCCACAGUCGUACCGCAGAAAAGAAACCGCGAGGAUGAUGAGCAGGACUCAUCCAAUAACAAUUAAAACCUAGCACUGUAUAUUUCUCUCCCCAUUUUCAUCACUUUUUCAAGCAAUCAUCAUCGAUGAGAUACGCGAGGCAAUGGCUGGUUAGAUGGGUUAUUUACAAAGGGAUCAUUACGCACCCAACUUCUCGC